GGACCGAUCGGAGUGUGUCCGUUGUUUGGAAGGAAGAACAUGAAUAGUGCCACCUCUACUGCACUCCACCACCAGCCACCGCCGUCGCAGGAUUCGCUGACCUUGGACGACAUGAAGGGGUUGGGCGCGAGGAGGGAGAAUCUCGUCGCCAAGAUGUCCAGCAGUGGCAGCGGUGUUAAUAAUAACAAUAACAAUAGUAUGAGUACUAACAACAACAAGCUGACCAGCAGCAACAGCACCCAGAACGGUGGUGGUGGCAAUCAAAAUGUGCUGUUUGCUAUGGCGACGGCGGCGGUUGUGUCGGAGAUCGAAGACAACAAGCUCGGCGCCAACGAUAAGGAGAAGCUGACCAAAGCGGUGAUGAAGGUGUUCGAAGAGUACAAGUGGACUCCGCCUACUAAUGUCGUCAA